AUGAACACCUCGCUGACUUUCGAAGUGCUGUUGUACUUAAACUCGUACUAUUUCGGCCUGUUUGCCGUUUGUGAGAUCGGGAUGAACGUGGUAAAGUACAUGAAUUUCCCCGAUUUGAAGCACUUUUCCACCGAUUUCGGUAUUCUGAUGGCUGUUUGCGUGAUUGAGCUGUUUCGGGUGAUUUUGGCAAGGAAGGGCAACCUGACCGAGAGAAAAUGGCCAGUUCUGGUCGCAAUUUUCCUGACGAUCCCUUCACUAGCUGGAGUUUUGUAUUUUAUGAUUUGGCAAAGCCAUGCUUUGAGAUUUGAGUACAUUAUUUGCGGCAUACAAGUCGGCCUACAAUUCGUCGAGAUUGUGACUGGAAUCUUGUGUCUUCUACCGUUCUGCAAAACCCCGGAGUAUUAUUAGAUAAUUUUUUGUACGAUAAUAAAGAAAUAAAAUAAAUGGAUCAAUAAUUUGAAA